AUGGCCAACCCUCCUGUUUCCAUCGACGAGCCCGAACCCGAUAUACGUGGCUUUACCCACUCAUCUAUCGACAACUCCAAUGAUCGCACUGUAAUCGCACACGACCUCCCCGCGCCCCUCCCCCAGCACCACCUCGACCCCACCGCCCUCCUCGACGAGAAGACGGAGCAUGUCACCGUCUACGAGCAUGCUGACCUCUCUCAACCCAACCUCCAACGCCACGACUUCGCCACUCACGAUGCGAACGUCAAGCGCGUCCCUGAAGGUGGCAACAAUUCGAACGCGUCUGUUGACACCUUCGAACCCCACCAUGGCGACGAUGGCGAGGCCCCCGUGAAGUGGGAGGACCCAACGUACUGGCAAUCUUUCAAGAAUAUGAUGCGUGGUGUUCCCAUCCUCUGGAUCACCCCUGCACUCGUUCCAGUCGCAUGGGGCCUGCACUUCAGUCAUCAGAACCCCGUCGCCGUCUUCGUCGUCUCGCUGCUCGCCAUUGUCCCUCUCGCCGGUGGUCUUGGUUUCGCAACCGAAGAGCUCGCCAUCCGUUGUGGUGACACCUGGGGUGGUCUCCUGAACGCGACUUUCGGAAACGCCGUCGAGCUUCUCGUCGCCAUCCUUGCGCUUGUCAAGGGUGACAUUGACAUCGUCCAGGCCUCCAUGGCCGGAUCCAUCCUCAGUAACAUUCUGCUCGUUUUGGGUAUGAGUUACUUUGCUGGUGGUCUCCGUUUCCAUGAGCAGGUCUACGGCGUUGUCGGUGCGCAGACGAUGAUUUCGCUCCUCGGCCUGUCCGUCUUCGCCAUCCUGCUCCCCGAGGCCUACCACCUCGCCUGGCCCUCGACGUCGACCGCUCGUUCCAGUGCCCAGUCGGCGGAAAUUCCCCCUGAGCAGAUGGCCAUCAUCCUGUCCAUGUCGCGCGGUCUCAGUUUCAUCCUGCUUGCUUGUUAUGUCGCGUACCUGCUGUUCACGCUCUGGACGCACGCAUACCUUUUCAAGCAGCGCGAUGAGAUCGCCGUCUCCGCCCUCCCGACGCCCUCUCACCAGCGAGUCUUCCCCCGCCCUCAGUGGGUGCCAAGCCUUCACACGGUCAUCUCGCGUGACACGGACACCAAGAGCCAAGCCUCUUCAGACGACAGCCACAUGCACACCCUCUCGGUUCCCACCGUUGAGCUCAACGGUGUGGCGCAGCCCCACCGCAACUCUGGCAGCUCCUCGCCCGGUGUGCAGUCGCCCUCCAUCCUGGCGAACAACCAGCAGACACCUCCCGAGCUCGACAUUGGCCGCGCUCGUGCCUACUCCUCGGCUUCUGCGACCCGCACCAGCCCCAGCCUGCGUUUCCGCGAGACAACGCACCCCCUCUCCACCGCGACCACCAUUGACACACUUGACAUUGAGGCUCAGCACCACCGUGUCGAGGCCGGUCUUCCUGAGAACCCUCGUACCAAGGCGAUCUUCGCCUUCGGUAUGCUUAUCACGUUCACUGGUCUCGCCGGUCUCACCGCCGAAUGUCUCGUCGACUCGAUCGACGGUCUCACCGAGUCGACCAGCGUCUCGCGCGAGUUCGUCGGUCUCAUCCUUCUGCCUGUCAUCGGUAACGCCGUCGAGCACAUCACGGCUGUCACUGUUUCGCUCAAGGACCGUCUCAACUUGUCCAUGAGCAUCGCGGUUGGAUCCUCGAUCCAGGUCUCGCUCGGUAUUCUUCCUCUUCUUGUUCUCAUCGGUUGGAUGAUCGGGCAGCCCAUGUCGCUCCUGUUUGACACCUACGAGACGAUCGUCCUUGUGAUCGCGAUCAUUCUCGUCAACUUUGCCAUCGCCGACGGUCGCUCGCAGUAUCUCGAGGGAUUCGUCCUCAUGAUGGCCUACGUCUGUAUCGCCCUCGUCACCUGGUUCUACGACCCCAUCCAUCAAAGUACUAUACGAAAAAGUCGUAGAGCCGUGUCUGUUGUAACACGUCAUCUCGAAGUAUAUUUAUAG